AUGCUGGAAAUUAACAGCUCAGUAGUAUCUGAGUUCAUCCUUAUUGGCUUCUCCACCUUCCCUCACCUUCAGGUAAUGUUCUUCUUGCUGUUCCUGCUAAUGUACUUAUUUACAUUGUUGGGGAACCUUCUCAUCAUGCUCACCAUCUGGAAUGAGCGCAGCCUCCACACGCCCAUGUACCUCUUCCUGUGUGCCCUCUCCAUCUCUGAGAUCUUCUACACCUUCGCCAUCAUCCCUCGCAUGCUGGUUGACCUGCUCUCGAGUCAUCAUACCAUCACCUUCAUAGCUUGUGCUAGUCAGAUGUUCUUCUCAUUCACGUUUGGUUUUACCCACUCUUUUCUGCUCACAGUCAUGGGCUAUGACAGAUACGUGGCCAUCUGCCAUCCUCUUCGUUACAAUGUCCUCAUGAGUCCUCAAGGUUGUGCCUGCUUGGUGACCUGGUCCUGGGUUGGAGGUUUCAUCAUGGGGAUAGUGGUGACAACGGCCAUUUUCAACCUCAACUUCUGUGGCCCCAAUGAGAUUCAUCAUUUUGCUUGCCAUGUGCCACCACUACUGAAGUUGGCAUGUGGUGAUAAUGUGCCAGCUGUGGCCAAGGGUGUGGGUAUGGUGUGCAUCACAGCCCUCCUAGGCUGCUUUCUCCUCAUCCUCCUCUCCUAUGCCUUCAUUGUGGCCACCAUCUUGAAAAUCCCCUCUGCAGAGGGUCGACACAAAGCCUUCUCCACCUGCGCCUCUCACCUCACUGUGGUCAUUGUGCACUACGGUUUUGCCUCUGUCAUCUACCUCAAGCCCAAAGGUCCUCAAUCUCUGGAAGGAGACACCCUUAUGGGAAUCACCUAUACAGUUCUCACACCAUUCCUCAGCCCCAUCAUCUUCAGCCUCAGGAAUAAGGAGCUGAAGAAUGCCAUGAACAAGACCUUUCUCAGCAAAUUCAAUACAGAAAAACUGUGA